UAACCAAUUAAUAUAUUCAUAAGAACGUAUAGUUUUUAAAAUCUUGGUAAAUUUAAAAUCGAUUAAUUUUAUUUAAUCUACCUAAACAAGAGUACAUUUUUUAAAGCGCAUAAUCUGUUAAAUAAAAUAUUCAAAAUUGCUGAUCAAUUUCAAACAAUUUACCAAGUUAAAGGACUGAGUUAUCCAUUGUUAUUGAAAUCGAUUGAUAAAUAAUGAUAGAGCAGAAUAACGAAAUAUCCAUCGAUCGUUAUUUAGAUAUACCUAUCCUUUUUAAGAAUUCGUAUAUAGAUGCUUAUGCAUUGAUUCAAAUAGAAUUGCUUCUGCAAUUUCAACGAUGUCAAAAGAAUUGCGAUUAUAUAAGAAAUACGCUAGUUUUGUAAAACUUUUUCUCCUCAUUGGUGGAAUGUGUCCAAUUACAAGAGAACUGAAUAUCAUUUAUCGAUAUAUACCAAUUUGGACGAUAUUUUCUUGCUUUAUAGAGUUGUGUGCAGUUGGAAACUCUAGCCUGCAGAAUGUUGAAAAUAUUCCUUUACUUACUGCUUCACUUAUUCUCUUUGGUACCAUAUUGAAUGUAAUAACAAAGGCUUCCUGUUUUUUCAUCCAUCGAAAAAAAUUACAACAAGUAAAUGAUAUACUCAGUUCCAUUUUAGAAGAAAUAUUGGGUGAAAUAUAUAUAAAGUCAGUAAUUUUAUUCUAUCUUCAAAAGUUUUAUCGAUUGAUUUAUGUACAGGCAAUAUUAAUGUUCAUCACUAGUAUCAUUUAUUCGAUGAAACCGAUGAUUAUAAAAAUGUUUCAUGAUGCAAACAAUAUAACGAAUGUGCAAUAUCCUUUGCCUCUUCUCGGAACUUUUCCUUGGAGGAUCAAUUCGAUAUUAAUUUGGCAAUUGCAUUAUUUUUUCGAUGUAAAUAUUCUUUGGUUCAUAUUUUUUGUAUCUGUUAGUGUAGACGCAUUUUUCGGAUUUUGUAUGUUUCGUAUAUCUGUAAUAUUACGUUUUUUGAGUUUUGAAUUCAAGAGAUCUUCAAUUGAUGACAAAAAUAAAAGGAAUAAAGAAUAUGAAAAGAGUCAUCAACAAAUCUUUCGAGAAUGUGUCGAAAAGCAUGUUUUAUUGUUAAAAUGUCGAAAUAUUAUUCAAGAGAUUUACGGACCCAUAAUUUUAUUAGUGACUAUAACAAAUGCAAUGAGCAUGUGUUCUAUAAUAUUUCAGCUAUUUCAGGUUAAUGGAAUAAAUAUCUAUAAAAUUGGAACAUUCAUGGCUUACCUUAUCUUAAAAUUAAUACAAACAUUUUUAUAUUCAUGGCCCGGAGACGUAAUCUUUACUGAGAGUGAAUUUCUUCGUCGUAAUGUUUAUUGUAGUUGUUGGUAUGACAAGAAUACUAGUUUUGCAAAAUACUUUUUGUUAGUAUUAGCACAGAAGCCAAUUGUUUUGAAGGCAUGUAGUUUAGUACAAGUUACAAUGGAUCUUUUGGCCAAGGUAAACUGUUCAUUGUAUUAUCAUUGUUCCCAUCCUGUUAUUACUCAUAUGAAAACAAUUUCAUUUUCAGAUUUAUUUUUUGUAUGCUUUUAG